AUGGAAGUAACAAACCACACGACAGUGACAGAGUUCAUUUUCCUUGGUUUUUCUGGUGCUCCCUCGCUGCGGCUCACAUUAUUUGUCAUGUUCCUCACUGUGUAUCUUCUCUCCCUCAUGGGAAACACCCUCAUCAUAUUCAUUGUUCUGAUGGAUUCCACCCUGCAGACACCCAUGUACAUUUUCUUAGGAAAUUUGUCUUUCUUAGAGAUCUGGUACACUACAGCCACAGUGCCUAAGUUGUUGGCCACCUGCCUCUCAAAGAUUGUCACCAUCUCUGUUUCUGGCUGUGUUACUCAAUACUACUUUUUCUUCUCAAUGGGAGCUACAGAGUGCAUCUUGCUGGCUGUGAUGGCUUAUGACAGAUACGUGGCCAUUUGCAGCCCGCUACACUACCCGCUGCUCAUGAGUCUCCAGGUUUGCCUGCAGUUUUCCGCUGGAUCAUGGGUUGGGGGCUUCAUUGCCCCAGUCUUACCCACCAUACUUAUUUCCCGUCUAAACUUCUGUGGUCCCCAGAAGAUCAACCAUUUCUUUUGUGAUUCAGACCCCAUUUUUAAACUGUCUUGCUCAGAUACAUUCUUAGUGGAAGCCUUGGGGUACACAUGCAGCUCUGUUGUGAUUCUAAGUUCUUUUCUUCUCACUAUGUCCUCCUAUGGCAAAAUUGUGGUCACCAUCAUCAGGCUGUCUUCUCGAGAGGCUCGGAAGAAAACUUUCUCCACGUGUGCUUCCCAUCUGAGUGUAGUUACCAUCUAUUAUGGCACCAUAAUCUUUGCCUAUGUCCGCCCUCCAGCCAAGUACAACUUCACCAUUGGUAAGGUGGUCUCAGUGUUCUACUGUGUGGUUACACCAUUGGUAAACCCUCUCAUAUAUACCCUGAGAAACAAAGAUGUGAAGAAAGCUUUCAGAAAAUAUAUAGCAAAGAGGAGAGUUUUCUGGAUCAGAAGGGUACAGAAGUUUUGA